AUGUUUCUAUCUCGGCUAUUUAAAAAACAAAAAUAUGCUUUGCCGAUAACCGAACUCUCAGUCGAAGAGAAAGAUAAACGAAAAGCACGACGUUUCAACUGGACCAAUGUCGCCUUAGGGGCUUUAAUUCCUCUCUCAAUUGGUAUUGGAACAGUCGUCAUCACUCUUCUUCAGCAGAAAUUUGACGAUCGUCGUCAAAAACAGGAACGAGAACUGGACGAUCGUCGGUACAACGCUGAACGACAAGAAGAUAAUCGACGUUAUAACCUGGAACAAGACCAAGCACACGAUCUCUAUCACCAAGGGCUGUAUAAGUCGACGGUCGAAGACAUCUCAAGUACACUUCUCAAAGCAAACCACUCAUUCCUCGAUGAUGAAAAACAACUUGGCUACGCUCGUAGUAAGAUUCUGGUUGCCUUAGACGAGCUGGACUACACAAGGAAAACCCGUCUCUUUACAUUUCUCAACGAAAAUCAACUCCUGCCUGAAACAAGCCAAGGCUGGUUUUCACUCGAUUUAUCUGGAGCCAACUUUGCUAAUAUAUCAAUCAAGAGUACACUCUACAGACAAAUAACUUUCAAUGAUUUGUUAAUGCGUUCAGUCCACCUAACAAAUUCUUCAUUUAUUGGGUGCGCUUUUGAUGGGGUAACUGAGCUUAAAGAGUCUCUACUGACAGGUGUGAACUUCUCCUAUUCAGAAUUUGGUAAUUAUAUUGAGGAUGAUGAUGAAACAGUCUUCCCCUACUCGAACUUGAAAGCAGCUGAUUUUAGCCGUUCUUCGCUAGUGAGAGUUUAUUUUUUUAGAGUCAACCUAGCGACUGGUUAUGUGGCAAAAGCAUGAUGUACGGACGAAAGAAUUCGUGUUACAGAUACGUGUGCAUGCAUGUGACUGUAGCAAUAUGGUAAGAUGGUCGCUUGACCAACAGUUAUGUCUUAUAUGCCAC